GGUGCUCAGGAAGCCGCAGCUCCCCUCCCACAGCUGUGUGUGCUGAUAGAGGGCCUGGGCAGCCCCGCCGCUGGCGCUGCCACCAGAGCAGCACCCGGUCCUCGGGCAGGAGGGAGGCAAAGCAGCAGGAGAGCAAAUGCUGGAGGCUCCACGGGCCAUGCGGGUCCCUGCCCUGCUCCUGCUCAUCCUCCCGGCCCCGCUGCCCCCAGCCGGCACUACCGACCCAGGCCAGCCCUGCCCGUCGGAGAUGAACAAGGUCAAGGACCUCCUGGAGGUGAACUGCACGGGGCAGGCUCUCAGCGCGGUGCCCCCAGACCUGCCUGUGGACACAGGCAUCCUGCUGCUCAACGCCAACCGCCUGGCAUCCCUCUCCACCGCCACCUUCCUGCCCCUCCCCCAGCUGCAGGACCUCGACCUGUCCAACAACGGGCUGGCGGCUCUGCACACUGGGCCCCUGCUGCUGUCCCUGAAGGAGCUGAUCCUCUCCCACAACGCGCUGGGGGCCCUGCCCGCCCUGCAGGGCCUGCCCGAGCUCACCCGCCUGGCCGUGGCCAACAACAGCCUGGCGACACUGGCCCCGGGGGCUUUCCGCACCGUGCCACGGCUGCAGGACCUGGACCUGCGAGGGAACCGGCUGCGGACACUGCCCCAGGAGGCCUUUGCGGGGCUGACGGCACUCAAGGACUUGGACCUCUCAGACAACCUCCUGGAGGAGCUCCCCAAGGAGCUGCUGCAGGAUCUGCAAAAGCUGGAGACCCUCUGGCUCUCAGGGAACCGCCUGCGGACCCUGCCCACUGACUUCUUCCCCGAGGGGCACCUCUUCAUGUAUGUCUUCCUCACUGAGAACCCCUGGCACUGCGACUGCGACCUGCGCUACCUGCGGGCCUGGAUCCGGCAGAACGAUGACAGUGUCUAUCAGCCCGAGCGGGGCCUGGAGAAGACAAAGGUGGAGGUCGCCCCUGAGAAGGUGGUGUGCCACAGCCCCGCUGAGCAUCGGCAGAAGCCCAUCAUCCACUUCAAGCCCAACUGCGGCAACAUGGGGGAUGCGGAUGAGGAGGAAGAGUACGAAUACAACGAUGGGGAAGAAACGAUGGAGAAAGCUACCAUGAUCACCUUCUUCCCCCCACAUCCAUCCCUCCCGGAAGAGCACACCACCAUGCCCCUUGCUGUUACCUGGCCUCCCCUCACUACCACAAGACCUCCCCUCAGCACCCCCUGUAGCUCCACCCUUGCCCCAAGCACUUCGCUUGCGAUGCCUGCAAGCACCACAGGUCCCAGCACCACCACUCCUGCGCCAGCCAGUCCCACCAUCACACCCACACAGACCCCCAGCACUGCCGCCAUUCUCAUUGCUGCUCCCGCCAGCACCCCGCAGAGACCCACCACCCUUGUCUCUACCACCUCACUGCCAACCAAUAUGAGCACCAGACCUCCCAGCACCAGCAGCCGUCCUCAAACCACCCUUGCCGCCGGCACUACCAACACCUAUGCCGCUCUCAUGGUGUCCACUGGCACGUUUUACACCACCUCCGCAGCAGUGACUUCUACUGCCACGCUAGAGGCCUCUUCCAUUGUCAGAUCUUCACCUCCUCCUCUGACGUCGACCACGCCGGCGGUCUCCACCACCAUGCUUUCCACUCAUGCCCUAACACAGCCAGCUUCCCUGAACACCACACGCUUCACCCAGCCUGCACCUUCCCUUCCACCUGCACCUCUCCCCCUCUGCCCAUGCUCCACCUCAGGACUGGUCGUACCUGUGCUGCACUCACGGGCAGGUGGGGAGGGUCCGCAGCGGGGGCAGUGGGUGCUGAGGCACUGCUGCCUGUUGCACUGGGUGCUCUACCUGGCCUCCUUGGCUCUGCUGGUCCUGACCGUGCUGGCUCUAGCAGGCUGGCUGGUGUGGAUGUGUCUGGUGGGACGGCCCUCCUGGCACGAGUCCCUGCAGACCCAAGAGGUGCAGUAUCCGCUGCUGAGGUGGAGGGAGUCGACAGGAAGCCCUGCGAUGCAUCUCAGCAGCUUCAAAAGCCCCCGCCAGCGCCCCACGUUCUGUACCAUCAAGGAAGUAGAGUUGUGCCCUGAGGUCACUUACUGCACGAUUAAAGAUGUGGGGAUACAGCGCAGUCCUCCUGCAAGUUCCUCCUUCUGCACCACAAAGGAGCUGUGGGUCCACCAUCGUCCCCUGAAUGCUUCAUUCAAGUCUUUCUCCAGGAAGCUGAUGGUCACAAACCUCGGGUCCCUGAGGACCCCUUCUGCUUACAGCCUGGACAGGGGUGUCAAGGCCAUCGGUGACGUCAGGGUGAAAUAUGCUGGCAACACCUUGUAAAUGCUUCUGUACGUUCAGAGAAAGAGGCGGAGGGUUGUGGCUCUGCUUCACAUACCCUUCUUUUACAAGGGAAAGAUCUGCUUGCCCAGGGGGAAGCCAUCCAGCUCCUUCCUCUAGUAUUACUCUCACACACCCUGAGGUUUCUAGAUCUGAAAUAAUUACUUGGGUACUUGGCAGGGGGAGAAGAUGUCCUAAACUGGUCAGUGAUAGUUUGGGGCUGCCACUGCCUGGUUUUGGGGUGAGUGUGGGAAAGCAGAGCUUCCUUUGUGCUCUAUGUCCCAACUGCUUCUGUUCGAAUGCUGCACAUAAAGAUGCGCUAUGCUUUCAACUCAGUGCCAGGUUGUUUUAAUCACAGAAUAAAUAUUCUCUUUGCCUGAAUUUCAAAUGGGUGCUAGUUCCAUUUCAUUGGACAUCCCAUAGUCCUGGCAGGGUACAGUGAAUGACAAAAUUGUCUUCAGUACUUGGAACAGUGAAGAUGAUAGAGAGGAAAAGUCCGCUUAUAGCCAGCUUCCUGACUUUUGCCCCAAAUGUGUGAUCCUUCCCUGGGGGGUUGAAUCACGUGGGAAAAGCAUCCCACUGCAUGUCCCACUGUCACGUAAUAAGUUCAGGAAAUGGUAGGUGACGAUGCCUCUGCAUGACCCAUCAUGGGAUGGCUGGAAAUGGGGGA